AUGCCACGGAAGGAGCACGCGCUGGUCCCCGAGGCAAACGUUGGCCAACGAGUCCCCUGCGCGGAGAGGAAAACCCCCGCGGGUUUUGGCAGGAAACUCUUCGAGCGUGGCAGCAACCCUGCUGGGAUCCAGCAGCGGGAACUGGGACAGACCAGUCAGCCGGGCCCACCAGCAAAUCUCGACUGGUCCCCGGGGGCCGGCGUUUCCCUCCCUGCCUGUGGGCUCUGGCCGGUCACGGGGGGAACCGAGUUCACCCCAAACCACAAUUGCCGCCUGUGCUGGCGGCUCCGGGCCCCGGCGGAUGCGCUGGAAAUAGCCCUGGCAGGGCCGCCGGGCCCCUCCUCGGCGGCGGUCGCGGCACCCUAUAAAGCCGCUCGGGGACCGGGGGCUGCACCAAGCACGGCGCCGGCGCGGAGAGGCACCAUGAAGCCCCUCAUCCUGGUGACCCUCCUGGCCCUCCUCGCCCUUGGCCUCUGCCGCAGAGCUGCUGACCGCUCCGUCAGCGCGGAUGACUCGCCCAGCUCCGAAGCCUUCGUCUCCAAACGCGCCAGCGCCGAGGUGGUGCGGAGACACAAGAGGAAUUACAUCUAUGACAGCAGCGUCUACGGUGUCGUGUGGGACCCGCUGGAGGCCAAACGCGAGGUGUGCGAGCUCAACCCCGACUGCGAUGAGCUGGCCGACCACAUCGGCUUCCAGGAGGCGUACCGGCGUUUCUAUGGCCCCGUCUAG